UGGUCAAGAACCGUCGCAAGUUUAUCGUACCCUUUUUCUAAAAUGUAUUGAAUUUCGACAUACAGCAUUACGGCAAUACAGCGUAUAAAAGUAAAAAAUCCUACUACCUACAUUUAAUCUACUCAGACAAUUCUGUGCUACUAUCUAGAUUUUUACGUUUCACAUUAUGCACUAGACUACCUAUUCAGUAAUAGAUCUUUUUAAAUUAUAAAUUUAAAAAUUAAAAAUUAAUUAACCAGAUAAAUGUAUAAUAAUAUUAAUAUCUAAAAACAUUUAUUUUUAUAUAUAAUAGUAACUAAUAAUAAGAACCAAUAAGAAACUAGUCAAAUCCAAUCUGUAACAUUUUGAUGAUAACCGAGAAUAUUGUCGAUCGUUUCCGAAAUAAAACAACAAAUCCCCGAGUUCCUGAUCGUCGUACCUACAAUAAUAACAGCGUAAUCCUACUUUAAUACGCUACGGCAACUUAUAUUAGAUAACAGUAAAUUUGUCUCAUAUAAAAAUUAAGUUAAGAACUAUCUAAAUGAUGGCAAGGAAACGACGUAGUACAACAGAAAUAAAUACAGCUGAAAAUGCUUCGGUUCCAAAACGUCGUUAUACUAGUGCACAAAGAACUCAUCUUGAAGAAAUGAUUGUUUUUAAUCAUAAAAAAUGUCUUUCGUGGUAUCAUAAAUAUACAAAUGAUGUCGGCGAACUAGGACCCGAAGGCAUGGAAAAAUUUUGUAUGGAUAUCGGGGUUGACCCAGAAGAUUUAGUAAUGCUUGUUUUGGCUUGGAAAAUGAGUGCUAAAUCAAUGGGCUAUUUCACAAGUGCUGAAUGGUUAAAGGGUCUUACAGAAUUACAGUGUGAUUCAGUUAAAAAACUUCAAAGUAAAUUGGAAUCUUUGAGGUUGUGUUUCAAUGAUCCAUUAGCAUUCAAAAGUAUAUAUAGAUAUGCAUAUGAUUUUGCAAGAGAUAAAGAUCAACGUAGUAUGGACAUAGAAACUGCAAAAUUAAUGCUAAAUUUAUUGCUUGGAAAACAAUGGAAACUUUACACUUUAUUUGCUAAAUUUAUAGAUCAAUCCAAAUAUAGAGUUAUUAAUAAAGACCAAUGGUGCAAUAUAUUAGAAUUUUCACGAUCUAUCACUACAGAUUUGGCAAAUUAUGACAUAGACGGAGCAUGGCCUGUUAUGUUAGACGAGUUUGUGGACUGGAUAAAAAAUAGUAACAGCUGAAAUUAUGAAGAGGAUUGCCUACCAGGAUUAGUUACUGGAACAAUAUAAGUUAAAUACCAUUUAAUAAAACUGAAUCGAUCUCUUGUAUGCUUUUCCAAUUUCCAUAUAAAUAAAUUUUUAAUUUCAGUAAUAUUUCAAAAAUACAGUACAUGAUACAAAUCACUUUUUUUCAAGUCUUCUAUUAAAAAUAUUUUUUAUACAUAUUUAUAUAGUAUAUUAAUAUGAAUAAUUAUAAUAAAAUCAUUCACACAAAUA